CAUAUAAAAAUCAUACAUCCUUUUUUUUUUCCAUUGUCAUAAUAUUUUGUCCUUAUCCUUUCACAAAUUCUCUCUCCUCUGUCUCCCAACUCCCUACACUCCCCUCGACUCCAUUGCUCCUCUCUUCUUCCUUCUCCCUUCCAUCCGGAAAUUACUCUUUUACCCCUACUUUCUCACCUUUAAACCCCCUAUUUCAAGGGCAUUAUCGUCAUUUCCUUUCAACUCCGUCAUCGCUUUUCCAGUUUUCCCUCCAUUACAGACUCACCUCAACUCUCCCCUCUUCUUCAACUCAUAAAUUUCUGUCUCAUUCCCCCAAUUUUCUCGAUUUCUGGGAUUUUUGAUCGGAGAUGGCGACGGCGGCGAUGGCGACUGCCGCCGGAGCUAUUCUGGUGUUGUAUGUGCUUUUGAAUCGGAGAUUAUCGGCGAAUUCUGAUGAAAAUGGUGAUGAUCGGAGUUGUAAUGAUGGUGAAACACGAUCGAUUAGACGGAAGAUUUCUCGGCGGCCUGCGCAAGCUCCGGCGACUUGGUUUGAGACGAUUAGUACUUUGUCGGAAACUUUAAGGUUUACGUAUUCGGAAACUUUGGGGAAAUGGCCUCUCGGUGAUUUGGCUUUUGGGAUCAAUUAUCUCAUGCGUCGGCAGGGUGAUUUACAAGUUGCAGGUGUUUAUGCUGGAGGCGAUUGUAUACAGCUCAAAGGUCCUGAAAUCGUGGCUGAAUUAAAACAUUUACUGAGGCUAUUAACUCUCUGUAUGCUUUUCUCCAAGAAGCCAUUUCCUGUGUUUUUGGAGUCUGCUGGGUUCUCAGAGGCUGAUGUUCUUCUUCAAAAGCCCAAAGCUGCUCUUCUGAAGCCUGCUUUUACAAUUAUAAGUGAUCAUGGCAACAAAUGUUUCCUUUUGUUGAUUCGAGGUACUCACAGUAUCAAAGAUACAUUAACAGCAGCAACUGGUGCAGUUGUGCCUUUUCAUCAUUCUGUAUUACAUGAUGGAGGGAUUAGCAAUUUAAUUCUGGGAUAUGCUCAUUGUGGGAUGGUAGCUGCAGCUCGUUGGAUAGCUAAGCUUAGCACUCCCUGCCUCAUCAAAGCUCUAAAUGAUAAUCCUGAUUAUAAUAUCAAGGUUGUUGGUCAUUCCCUUGGUGGUGGAACUGCUGCUUUGUUGACGUACAUUUUCCGAGAACAAAAGGAGUUUUCCUCUAGUACCUGUGUAUCAUUUGCCCCAGCUGCUUGUAUGACGUGGGAAUUGGCAGAAUCAGGCAAGCAUUUCAUUUCUACAGUCAUCAAUGGUGCUGAUUUAGUGCCGACGUUUUCAACUACAUCUAUUGAUGCUCUUCGUUCUGAGGUCACUGCAUCAUCAUGGUUAAAUGAUUUACGUGAUCAAGUUGAGAGAACAAGAGUCCUAAAUGUCGUCUACCGCUCUGCUUCAGCCAUAGGGUCCCGUACACAAUAUAUAGCCACCACUGCUAAGGCUAGGGUUGCUGGUGCUGGUGCUCUUUUUCGUCCUGUCUCCAGUGGCACUCAGGUUGUGAUGAGGCGUGCUCAGGAUGUUGCACAAGCCGUUGUCCGUACCCGUCCAACCUUGUCUUCGUGGUCCUGUAUGGGAGCGCGACGUCGGAAUGUGGGUCAAUCAAUAAACCUGAAAGAGGAGAAUAUGGCUGAGGCCUCAUUGAUUACUACCACCAGUACAUCAGAAGUUCUUGUGACAGAAGUAGCUUCUAGAGACAUCGAAAUGCAUGAUGGUGAUUACAACUUUUCAAGUGAAGGUUCAGUACACGAAAUUGACACAGAGGAAGAGGAAGAGGAAGAGCAACUUCUGGCAGCAGAUAAAGAUAUAACCACAUCAACAAUGGAGGCUGUGACUGAAGGUGAGCUGUGGUACCAGCUACAGAAGGAACUUGAGAAACAAGAGGAAGCUCAGGCUCAAGUUCAAGCGCAGGAGGAAGAAGCUGCCACUGUUAAAGAGAUUACUGAAGAGGCACAUAUGUUAGCUGAUGCUGUGGAGAAUAAGCAACAGAUUUCCACUACAGACAUCCAAGAGAAUCAUCAGUUUUACCCACCAGGACGAAUCAUGCAUAUGGUAUGUGCUCGUUUUUCCAAUGAUGCUAGUUCAGGUGACAACGAUGCCGCUGAGGAACAUGUGGGUAUUUACGAAACACCUAGACAUUUGUAUAGUAAAAUUAGAUUGACAAAAAUGAUGAUUAAUGAUCAUUAUAUGCCAAUGUAUAAGAAAACGAUGGAACAGCUUAUCAAUGAACUUGAAAAUGACCAAACACUCUCAAGUGAUACAAAAGAAAAUUAAAUCAAUACCAUAUACUUCCAUGUUUAUACA